GCCCUCCCCGCUACACUGUGCCCCAGGAACCGCUCAGAUCACCGUGUCCCCGUCUCCCUCCUCACCGCCGUGCCUUUCAAAACCAGCUCCGAACCGGCUCCGAACCAGCACCCCAGCCUCCCUCCUCCGGCUCCCUCCGCGCCCGGGGACCGUUUACGCCGAGACUGUCCGUUACUCUCCGAACAUUCCCCCCCGCCCCGUGUGGACAGUUUGACCGGGGGAGCGCGGCUGAAGGCACCAGGAAGCUAAACCGUGCUAAAGCUGCUAUAGGUCCUUAUCUGCCCGGAGCGUCACAUCAGCGCGGAGCUCAACGGGGGGGGGAGAGUUUUUUCGGAGCCGCUCUUCCGCCGGCGUUGAACCGUCCAGGGCCCCGGGGGCACUGAGAUGACGCCGGGCCGGAGGAGAUAGCGGUUCUUUCUUUGGGGCUCUUCGGGGGCUCACAAACUCUCACAAACUCUCACAUCCUAAACAUCUGUUUCCUGUCACUUGGACCAAAAUGGCUGCGGAAGGGUCUGUCAACUUUCAGUGGCUCAACCGAACUUGUAAACUCGUGGUGUUACUGUGUCUCCUGCACAUAUCGGUGACUAUAUUUUUCUACGUCAGCUCUUUCGAUUUACGCUUCGCUUUUGUCCGAAACCAGCAACACAACCCGCGAUUUUUCACGACGAACAACAACAACAACAACCGCUCGAACCUCGUCCCCCCGGAGACCGCUAAGCCGGGCGCAGCGGAGCCAGGAAACCCGGGGACUGCACGGACCGACCCGGGCACGGAGACGCAGACGGCGGCGGCGGCGGCGGUGAAAGAGCCGAAGCAGAGCGCCCCGGAGCCGGUCAAGAAGCUGGACAAGUGUCCGGACACAUCGCCGCUGUUGGUGGGGCCGCUGAGGGUGGAGUUCAUGAAGCCCGGUCCGUCUCUGGAGCAGGUGAAGAAGGACAAUCCCAGGAUCACCAGCGGGGGGCGCUUCAAACCCCCCGACUGCGAGGCCCUGCAGAAGGUGGCCAUCAUCAUCCCCUUCAGGAACCGAGACGAGCACCUCAAGUACUGGCUCUACUACCUCCACCCCAUCCUCCAGAGGCAGCAGCUCGACUACGGCGUCUACGUCAUCAACCAGGACGGAGACGCCACCUUUAACCGCGCCAAGCUGCUCAACAUCGGCUACACGGAGGCCCUCAAGGAGUACGACUACGAGUGCUUCGUGUUCAGCGACGUGGAUCUGAUCCCCAUGGACGAUCGCAACACGUACAAGUGCUUCAACCAGCCGCGCCACCUCUCUGUGUCUAUGGACAAGUUUGGGUUCAGACUUCCGUACAACCAGUACUUCGGAGGCGUCUCGUCCAUGAGCAAAGAGCAAUAUCUGAAAAUCAACGGAUUCCCGAACAACUACUGGGGCUGGGGCGGAGAGGACGACGAUAUCUACAACAGAUUGGCGUCCAAAGGCAUGACCAUCUCCAGACCGAGCGGUGAAAUCGGGAAGUGCAGAAUGAUCAGACACGAGAGGGACCAGAAGAACGACCCAAACCCACAGAGGUUUGACAGAAUCUCCCACACCAGGGAGACGAUGCACAAAGACGGCAUAAACUCCUUGACGUACCGCGUGAUGAAGACGGAGCGCUUCGAUUUGUUCACGCGGAUCACAGUGGACGUGGGCACCCCUCCGUGACCCCCCCGCCGCGACCCCUCCCUGACCCCGCUGGAACCCUCGGGACUUGAAUCGGGCUGGACUCAAAACUUGUUUAAUCCAUGUCUUUUUGCACUUUUUUAUUGUUGUGUGUUUUUCGAUGCUCUUUAAGGGUCACAUGGUCUCAGUGUCCAAGCACAAAGGAUUCUGGGGUAAAUUCGGCUUUGGGACGAAAAAAACGUAGACUGUAUAAAGAAAUGGCGUUCGGCUCCAGUCAAAUGAAGCUCAUCGAGAUUAGCAGUCAUAGCGGCGAAUUUAGAGUUCCGAAUCCCAUUAUUUGGAAUUCCGACUGCGAGUAUCAUAGGAACCAAAGAGCCAAUCAGGAGUGAGAUUAUUGAAGGUAACGCCCGUUCCUUCCCGCGCCGCUGAUUUAGCCUGGGGGCGGGCUCUCAUCAACGCCGUCAAUCAAACUGUUAAGCUGGAGCGACCUCAGGGAACGAAGGCGCCUGAUUUGUCCGUUCUUACUCUUCGUAUUUAGAGGUGCGCAAAAAUAUCAAAAUAUCUAUGUAUCGUAUCGUUUAAUGUGAUGAUACAGUAUUGAUAUUACGGGCUGCUGUAUCGAUAUAUUGCCAAGAGUAAUUUUUGGUGUAUUUUACUAAAUUAUUUUGUUACAGCGCGACCAUUUUGUUGCGCGUUUAGGGGAAGGAAACUUUUUUAUGCGACACAUUUGACAUUUUCACAGUUUUGAAGAUUAAAAUUGGGUGUUUCAUAUGAACUUUGCACAAGAAAUUGUUUAAUAAAGACUUUUAUUAUCACAGCCAUGAAUUAGGCUUUAUUUUUUAAUUAUUAAUUUGAAAUAUAUCGUAUUGAAUCGUAUCGAAUCGAAAGCUCACCGUAUCGAGGUAUGUAUCAUAUCGCCAACUUCUUAAUGAUCACCAGCCCUGUCCGUAUCUUUAUUUACGGACAAAAUAGCAAAAUAAGAACACCAGAAUCGCGUAGAGCGGGUUAAUACGAACGUUUUAAGACCAAAACGGCGAGUCUGACAGCAGCAGUUACAGAGAGAGGGGCGACGGCUUUUCAAUAGAAAGUGAAUCGGAGCCAGAGUCGAUGGAACGCGGCUAUGUCCAUUUGUAUAUACAGUCUAUGGGAGAAACACGGCUGUAGAGUCCAGUGGGGCAGAUGGCGCAGGUCAAACUCGGAGUCGUACUGAGGCAGGGCUGCACAGUUUGGGACCAGGGACAGACAAAAUUAUCUCAUUACAAAACUAUAUGCAGUAUUGUAAAUGUCAUUUUAAAUCCCAGUCGGGUGUUUUGUAGUUUCUUGUGAAAGGCACAUUGUUUUUUUUCCAUUAUGCUGUGUUGUUUGUGCAGCCCUCCCCAGUUUACAUUUAGUUUGGAAAAGGUUAAAGGACCCAUGUUACACUAUUUUCUGAUCUAUGUUAUAAUGUUGUUUCCUCAUCGUGCACGUGGAGUGACUGAAACAAAAUACAACUCCAGGUUUGUUUUUGAGGAGGUAACGGUCUUAUAACGUGACUUAAAACUCACAAGAAUCAGUUUUGUGUAAUAUAGGACCUUUUAAAGAUUGUACAAACUCCUGGCCAGUCACAUUAGAGUGUUUGUCACCACUCGAUUUCUACACCGGAGCAGUCUGGGACCUCUCACUGCAACCAUCAGGCAUAGGAAUAAUUAAAUCUGAUGAAAUGCAGUUGAGAGAAAAAAAGACAUCUUCCAGAGCCAUGUUUGCAGUCUUCUAGAGUGCUGGCAGCCAUGUUUGUAGUCUUCUAGAGUGCUGGCAGCCAUGUUUGUAGUCUUCCAGAGCGCUGGUAGCCAUGUUUGUAGUCUCCUAGAGCUCUGGCAGCCAUGUUUGUAGUCUUCUAGAGUGCUGGCAGCCAUGUUUGUAGUCUCCUAGAGCUCUGGCAGACAUGUUUGUAGUCUACUACAGACUACAAACAUGGUUAUCAGAGCUUGCAUCCAUGGUUGUAGUCUCCUAACACUCUGGGAGACAUGUUUGUAGUCUCAUAGAGCUCUGGCAGUCACGUUUAUAAUCUUUUUGAGCUCUGGUAGCCAUGUUUGUAGUCUUCUAGAGUGCUGGCAGCCAUGUUUGUAGUCUCCUAGAGCUCUGGCAGACAUGUUUGUAGUCUACUACAGACUACAAACAUGGUUGUCAGAGCUUGCAUCCAUGGUUGUAGUCUCCUAACACUCUGGGAGACAUGUUUGUAGUCUCAUAGAGCUCUGGCAGUCACGUUUAUAAUUUCUUUGAGCUCUGGUAGCCAUGUUUGUAGUCUCCCAGCACUCUGGCAGCCAUGUUUGUAGUCCCACAAGACCGACCCAGGAGCAGAAUGUCAUUUUAUGUAAAUCCCAGUUUGUGAUUGAACCAAAGAAAUGAAAGAAUCACUUGUGAUUUUAGUGUAAAUGUUGGAAUGCUAAACGACAAUCAGGAAAAAACUGUGAGAAGUGUUUUUAUCUGUGCCUUCUUUUGUGAUGAACAUAAACUUGAGAAACUUGAA